AUGGCGAACCCAGAGAGCCGCGCUCAGCCUCCGGACGGCGGUUGGGGCUGGAUGGUGGUUCUGGCGGGGUUCAUUGUUUACGGCAGCACAUUCGGAACUUUCCGCUCCCUCGGAGUCUUCUUCCUGACGUUCAGCCAACAGUUUCAGGCCAGCGCCGCGGAGACGGCGUGGAUAAGCUCCAUCCUGAUGAGCGUCACGCUUUUACUAUCUCCGGUUGGCAUUGUCUUGGCGAACACCAUCGGUUUCCGCCCGACCAUCAUGUUGGGAGGGGUGCUCUCAGCAGCCGGCUACAUUUAUCUGAUGGACGAGUUCGGUUGGAAAGGUGCUCUGCUUAUUAUAGGCGGCAUUAUGCUGAAUAUGGUUGUAGCUGGGGCCUUGGUCAGACCUCUCGAGGCUUACAGCGACAGGAAGGUCCUAAAUGGCCCGAGGAAGCCCACAAACAGCAGACUGAUUGACUCAGACACAGUCUUAGAACCUGGCACGGCAAAGAAGUGUUCGUCAGCUGCAACGGACUUUCUAAAAACGUUUUGGGCACGGAUGGACUUCAAGAUGAUCUUGAUACCUUCCGUGGCCCUGUUCAUGGCGUCCUUGUUCAUGAUGCAGUUUUGUCUUUUCGUGCCGUCGCUCUACAUUAUCCCUCGCGCCAAGCAGCUUCAGAUCGAGGACUACGCAGCGGCGUCCCUCCUCUCAGUCAGUUCAGUGGCAGACAUGGUCAGUCGGUUAGCAGUGGGGGCCAUCCCGGACAACUCACGGUUCAGCCGGUUUGACCAGUACGGACUGAGUCUGUGCCUGUUGGGCAUCUCCACCCUUCUGUUGCCACUCGCCAAGACGUACCCGGCGCUCGUGGCGUACGCUAUCGCACACGGGGCGUUCUACGGCGCGUUUGCUCCGACGCUACUGACUUGUGUGGCCGAACUGGUCAGCCCGAAGCGUCUUCCCAGUGCGAUUGGAAUCAUGAUGUCAAUACAGGGGUGCGCAUCGCUGGCUGGGCCGCCAUUUGCAGGCUGGCUGUUUGACGAGACCCAAAGUUACGACGCCACGUUCCUCCAAGCCGGCGCCGGUUUGCUGCUGGCCGGGCUCUUGCCGUUCCUCCUGCGGCUCAGGAAGAAACGGCCGGCGGACACGACGGAGGAGCCGGCGGACUCGCCACAAACAGUGAAGGGGGAGAAUGAGACUUUAUUGGUACCAGAACGUGAAACCGCUGUGUAA